GUGUCGGAGCAUUCCUCCAUGCAUGGUCGGAGUUUCUUUCGAUUCUGUCGAACUACUUCUACGGAAACGGAUGUUGGAAAAGUGGAUGUUAUUACACAGAAGCACAUAUUAAACAACAAUGCUGACGUGUUAUUAGGCUCUGUCUGUUGGAUAGUGGAUAACGUCAAGUUCGCGCCGAUAAAUGCAGGCCCAAUACCAGAACGUUCCAGUGUAAUUUUACAAGUAGCUGGAAGCAUGGCAGAGUUUCUGUCAGUUGUCAUCCACCUGUGCGUCCUUCUAAUUGGUUGUACGGGGACAAUCAUGCCUUCCGAUUUCAAGGGGGCGAGUGGGGCGACUCAUCCCACCGUAAGGAGGAUCAACGAUAAGCCUUUCGUUGCCGUCUGGAACGAUCCUUUAUACGACAGGUGCCGGGAACAGUUCGGGAUUAAUCUCAAUUUGACGGCGUAUGGCAUCGCAAACGGACCUGACAAUUCCGUGAUCUUCUACAAUGAAACGAUGGGUCUGUAUCCGUUCGUUAAAAAUGGCGUCGUCUUCAAUGGUGGCUUGCCGCAGUUGAUGAACUUGACGUCACACUUGGAGAAAUCCGUCACUGACAUCAUCACAAAGAUCCCGUAUGUACAUUACAGUGGGCUUGCUGUGAUUGACUGGGAGUACUGGCAACCAGUGUGGGACGCUAACCGCAACGGAACUCUACGGGAAAUGUACAGGAACAUGUCCAUUAGUCUGGUGCGAAGCCGCCACCCUGACUGGGAAAACACGCUCGUGGAGCAGGUCGCCAGACUGGAAUUUGAGCAAGCCGCCAAAUCUCUGUUUGAAUCCACCAUUUUGUUGGCAAGGCAACUGCGGCCAAACGCCCUCUGGGGUUUUUACCAUUUCCCCUACUGCUUUUACGAGAAUACCACUGAAACUUGUGCCCAAGUUGGAAUACAAGCCAGCAACCAAAUGCGCUGGUUGUACGACCGAGUGGCAGCUCUGUAUCCCUAAAUUUACCUGAAAAGUUCCGAACCCUAUGUGAUAAAUGACCCUGUCCCGUAUGUUCAGGCUGUUCUUAGUGAAGCUUUCCUAGUUCGGAACAACUCCAAGAAUCAACUGACUCCGGUGUUCAGCUAUUGUCGAUACCAGUAUACAGAAACAGAUCUGUUUCUAACCACGGAGCAUCUGCGAGACACCAUCUUGUUGAGCGCGGAGAUGGGCGUGUCUGGAGUAGUGAUAUGGGUAUCCGCUGAUGACACCAAGACCAAGGAGAAUUGUCUUGAGCUCCAGCAAUACAUCGCCACCGCCCUGGGUCCACUGGUCAAGACUACGACCGAUGCUGCCUCACAUUGCGGCCAGUCACUGUGCAGCGGACACGGCAGGUGCGUAGGGGAAAUCUUGACCUGUACCAAAACGGCGCCCUCUUUUGACAUGGAGGGUAACGGGAAAGAGAGGGCGCCCUUGGAGACUAGACGUCAAAGAAGAAUGAAGGCGGAGAUCUCCGAGUUGGCUCGCAAUUCAAGUGUCACAGAGAAGUGCUCUUGCCGUUGUUAUGACGGAUGGAAAGGGGAGAAUUGUAAUAUGAAAAAGUCGAAUGUAACCGAAAUGAGACCAAAAGUCGGGAAUUACGUCUCCGCGUUUCUCGCCCCAGAUUUGUGAGCUCGCAAUCUAGACGAGUGUUCUGGUCGAUGGUGCAUGGGAAGGGAAGACAUGUGAAGUGAAAAGUGAAAUGUAACCAGGAUGUCAUCUAGUAUAUAAUGCCAGUAUAUUGUGCCAGUCAUUACACAGAUUUUUUUGUCCACAUUAACCUAGAAAAUACAAUGUUUAGACAAUGCAAAAAGACAAGUAACAAAAUAACUUCUGCAUGUGGAACAAAACUAACUUAAGUAAUUCUUCAUUGUUGCCACGCAUGCGUGUCAAUACAACGUGUCAAAUUGUUUCAAAGUAUGUUUGGGUUCCAAGACCCUUUUGAUGCCAAUUUUGUGGUUGUGGUGGUCACGGUUGUUACGUUGACAUUGAAUUAGCGGAGAGAGGGCGUUUUUGAUCUUUUUAUUGUAACUUUUUUAAGAACAACUAUAGACCAUAGAGUAGAAGCUCUUCUUUCCUCUGAUACCUACAUCUUGCAUAUUUUAUGCAUCUUCAAGUUUCAAAUUGUCAAAUGAAAAAGGACCAACUUUAAACGCGAUUAUCUCGACUGUUUGUUCAGACAGUGAAAUACUAAAUUCGCCUCUUCGUGAAAACGGUGACGAUAUGCAUGUGCAUGUAAAACUUUACCGUGUGGUGCAGAAUGUGCGGCCGCGCGCGCCUCUACGUUAUAGCUAAGAUCAUAACGGUGACGGAGUGGAUGUACGCGGGUCCGUUGAUUAAUAUUCAUUGGUAUCAAAUGACUUGUACAUGGGCGCUGCUUUACAGACCUUCAUUCAAUAAAUCUCAGCGAUAUAAAAUCACACUUUGUCACGCCUGCCGAUUCCAUUAGUCGACUCUGACAAUUAUUACCCGACACUGCAAGGAUAAUAGUCACCGUGUAUCCAGCUCGUUCGAUUCGCUCCGAGUCACACACCAAUGAAAGGAUACAAAGUAGGGAAUGAAUCCGGCGAUAUUCAUAUAGCUUUCUCCCUCUCCCGUUGACAGACGUCAUGGGUAUGAUUGUCUCCAGCAGCGGGCGAAAAGGAAUCUCGCCGCCCGUGGCGUGCCCCGUCUUCAAGACGCUGUGCCCGCUCAAGCGUCUCGGAGAGAAAUCCCUCCGACCACUUUUCUCGCCGUGGCCAAGACACACAAAGCGGCUGUCUUGCAAAGACACGCGUGAGUGUUGAUAUAUACGGACGCAUUAAAUGUUUGCUGGAAAUAUGUUGGAGAUUUGUUUUUUGAAAUAAAGAAAUAAUGAAAUUAAAUUCUCCUUUAAAUAAAAAAGCCACUUACUUCCGAUUGUCAACUCCAGAAUGUGACCAAUUUGCAUAUGUGUAAUGUGGGGAAUUAAUGUAAUAAACAAAUGAAUUAAGUCUUUCUA